AUGGAGUCUGCACUCUGGAUGCUAUGGAUGUCCAUUUUUGCCUUUCUGGCGACAUGCGUGGCUGUGUGGUUUCGGGAGCGGCGACACCGACACGGUUUUUUCAAGCGCAUGGGCAUCCCUGGGCCGGAGCCCGACCUACUCUUUGGCAACUGGCAACAACUUAGGAAGGACAGAAUCAAUGUAAUGGAGGACUGGAUUGCAAAAUACGGAAAAACGUUCGGCUACUUCAAGGGUGCAGCUCCGUUCAUCAUCAUCAGUGACGUGGAAAUGAUCAAGCAGUGUUUCGUAAAAGAAGCACACAUUUUCUACGACCGACCUGAUCCCAGCAUUCUAGUAAAGCCAUACAAUCAAACUCUUCUGUUCCUCAAAGGUGACGAAUGGAAAAACGUGAGGACGUUGAUGAACCCCAGUUUCACGUCUGCCAAGAUGAAGCUAAUGACGGGCAUCAUCGACGCCUGCGUGGACGAGAUGGUAAAAGUCUUGGACAAAAAGGCGAAGGAUGGGGCCCCCGUGGACGUGAGCAAGGUGUCCUGCGGGCUGUCUCUAGACGUCGUCGCCAAGUGUGCUCUUGCCUGGCAGGUUGACUGUCAGAAGAGCCCGGACGACCCCUUCGUCUUGAAACUGCGAAACAUCGUCCAGAACUCAGAGACGCCAGUCACAAAUACCUUCGUGGCGUUUGCGUCUCUACGAAAGCUGGCGGCGUUGAUAUAUCCGCUCACAAAGCACGCGAAGGACACAUUCUCGAUCGUUGAAAACCUGCAGCGCGUCGUCGAGCUCCGCCGACGAGACUCAAAACACCGUACAGUCGACAUGCUGCAGCUCUUACUCGACGGCCAGGGCGGCGAAGACGCCGAAGGCAACACAGUUCAUACGGAGAAGAAGGGAGGUCAAAGCAGGCUCCUCAUGAGUGACGACAGGCUUCUCGCAAACAGCCUUCUCAUGCUUCUGGCGGGUUUCGAGACCACUGCCAUGUCCCUCACGUUCAUGAUCUACCUUCUUUCGCAACAUUUCGAUGAACAGGAAACUCUCUACAAUGAGCUCGUUGCCGCAUCUGCAAUCAACGAUCUGAACUAUGAAAAAUUGAUGCGCCUCCGUCGUCUGGACAUGGUGGUACGGGAAUGCUUCCGUCUCUACCCCCCUGUUGUACUUUUCCUCUCGCGAGCCUGCAAUGCCGACACGAAUAUCAUGGGACAGUUCUUCCCCAAAGGCUCCCAUGUCAUGGUCCCAGUAUGGCAUAUCCACCACGAUCCUGAGAUAUGGCCAGACCCCUUCAAGUUUGAUCCGGGAAGGUUUGGUCCAGAAGCCCCGCCACAUCAUCCAGCCGCUUACAUUCCGUUCGGGCUGGGGCCCAGAAUUUGUCUAGGGAUGAGGUUUGCCCUACUCGAGUUGAAAACUGCACUCUGCAAGAUAAUCAGGAAGUACAGAAUCGUCCCAUGUGAAGACGCGAAUGCACCGCCCGAGUUGACCGUGCCGAUUUAUAUCAUCAAUCCAAAACACCCCAUUAAGGUUAUGCUUCAGCCAAGGUAA